CAGCUACACCGACAUCGCAACCACACACUGGGUUUAGAGAAUGGAUAACGGCAAACUAGGGGACAUAAUAAUUCACGACCUGUGGAUGACGUCAUCACCCGCCGGUUUGGGAGGAAAGUUCGUGAAAAAUAAACAUGCUGACGUCACGGUUCAUAUUAUCUGGAGCCUGAAUGGCCGGAAAGAAAAGAGCAAACUUUGCACGACACAGGAGGAAAUUGUGUCGGACGAAUUGUGCAGAAGGAAAAGAGAUAUAAAGCCGGCCACAUUUGAGGGGGUGCUGCGGUGCAUGGAGGACAUCUUGUCGGUGGAGGAGGGCCGCAGGCCCGCGUCUUUUCUCGUGGGGCCGGCCGGGCAGACCGUCCGGAGACUUGAUGUCUGGGACACGCCAGUGGUUUCCAAAAAUAUCGGAGCAAUAAAACCCAGAGGCCUAAGCCUGUUGAAGAGAGUGGUCCAGUGUUUCGGCCGCCGUCUGCGAAAGUUAAGAAAGAGAGGGCAGCCGAGCGUCCACAACCGGAACCGGAGGGCCAGCAACAUGGACUUUCAGACCUGUUACAAUGUAUAUGUCACAACUAUGUUAAUAUAGAUAAAUGUAACGUAUUGUUAACCGUGCCUUGAACAAAUCUUGAAUUCGCUACCAUCUUAAUGAUUAUGAGCUGCUAAUUUUGUCAAGACCUACCAUGACCAUCCAUUCAUAGAUUUUAUAACAAUAAUAAAUGUAUCUACUUCAUAAUAGUGGUCUAUGAUACUAAACAAU